AUGAGUAAAUUAGAGAGAGACAUGAAUUCAUACAGAGCCAAACUUAACCUUUAUACCAAAGAACUGAGGAAGGCUAAAAGGGAUUCAUGGGCUAGGCACUGCGAAUCCAUUGAGAACACAAGUGAGGCGGCUAGGCUUCGUAAAGUCCUUGCUUCUAACCCCACGACACCGGGUUACAUUAAGCAUCCUGAAGGAUCAUGGUCGAACUCGAGCCAAGAAACACUUGAACUCUUUAUGGAAACACACUUCCCUGGCUGUAAAAAUACCGAUAUUCCUGGUUCCAAGCAAUCGAACCUGCUUGAAUCCACACAACAAGAAUUAAACAUAGAACAGAUUAUUACAGAGCAGAAGAUUAUCUGGGCAAUCAACUCGUUUAAACCCUAUAAAUCUGCUGGACCAGAUGAGAUAAUUCCAGCUUUUCUUCAAAACGCUUUAAAUGUAAUAGUACCAUGGCUUAGGGUUAUCUUCACUAGUUGUAUUAAACUUAGAUACGUCCCUAUGAGUUGGAGAAAAGUUAAAGUGGUCUUUAUUCCAAAAGCUGGAAAACCGACACACUCAACUGCAAAAGAUUAUAGACCAAUAAGUCUUUCCUCGUUUCUCCUUAAGACACUCUCUCGUCGCACAAGCAUGUGUACAAGAAAGUAG